GUCAACAACUUACCUGAAUAGUUCUUAUCUUGAAUGGACUUUGUUUUUAAGACUUUACAUCACCUGGUCUUAAUAGAAGUAAAAAAUGCUAGCCGUAAUACCUUGACUGGUAAAUUUGAAAAAAGCAUAAUUAAUGGAAAUUCAUAGAAAUGGCAGUCACCAGCCCUGUACAGCAUGAAGGUUUUGGAAACUUGGAUGAAUUUGACCAACCUUCUCCUCUACGCAGUGCAUACUGCAGUCAGAUGACAGAGGAUGAAUAUGAGGAACAAACUGCAACAGAGACAGAGAAAGCCCUUCGGGAGCUUAUACAGCAUUUAAAAUCUGAUCCAGUUACUUAUCAUAAAAUUUUGAAAAAGAAAAAACAAGAAGAGAUAGAAAAUUCUGGUGUAUUUUCUUAUUUGAAGUGUAAACUUUUUAUGGCAGUUCAAGGUGAGAAUUAUGUAGAAAAUAUGAUCACUGAGGAAGAGAGUAAACAGAAGCUGAAUGAGUUAACAUGUGGCAUGGAGAAAGCUUUUGAAUAUGCACAAGAGGCCAAAGGGAGACGAUUUUCCAAACGUAUUGCAGCUAGAAAGUCCAAGCGUGCAUCUUUAAAUGAUGAAAAUACCCCAACAGGGAAAAAGAGCUUCCCUCCCCCUCCCUGUGUUCCUCCUCCACCACCCCCUGCUUCUAUACCCCCACCACCACCACCCCCUCCCCCUUCACAGAACCCCAUGUUUUUGAUUCAGCAACCAACUCCACGCCGGCCACUCACACCACUGACGGAUAGAUUGAACAUUCAGACUCCUCUAAAGUCAACAGUAACGAAUCUUAAAGAGAGCAGCAGGCUUGCAGGUUCUACCACCUCACUGAGCAGCAUACAUAGUGAGCUGUUGUCUGUGGGAUCAAAUCCUAUGAAAAGACUGAGGGCAACUGGAGUGAAAUCCCCAGGAGGAACACCUCUGAACAACCUUAAGCAGGUGUCCAAUGACAGUGGAGCAGACUUGAAUUGCACACCUAGUAGAGACUCCCUUCACAGGGCUUUUGUAACAAUUAUGAAGCAAAAGUUCCGCAAUGUUCGCACGCCGAGCCCAAGUCCAAAUUCACUGUGCACUAGUGUGGUCAGCCCUGUCAAUACCUUCAGCCCUUAGAGAUGAAUGUGAAGAGAUUUAUAUUAACACUAAUCUUGCUAUACCAAAGCAGAUAAUUUGCUAUACCAAAGUAGAUAAUUGUAUUACCAGUUGAUAAGUAUUUGAACAAUGCCUUUUACUAAAGCCAAGGACCAAUUGAAAUAGACAUGCGUGCGCACGCAGUUCGAAUGCUAACUGGGAAUAGUGCUGAAUGUGGUAUCAGUUUUUUACCAGACACUUGUGCCCCAUUUAUAAUGUAGUGACCUGUGCAAACAAGGCUAUCUUCAAGAACAGAAAUCUACAGUUAGCCUUAUGGCUAUGAUUCAUCACCAGUUGUGCCCACAUGAAGUGGAUAAAAACUGGAAUAUCUUCUGCUCUCCCAUCCAAUUAAUAGUGCAAUGAAUGUAAGAUGAAGUUGAUAGUGUAUUGAUACUACUUCAAGUUUCCAUCCAUUGGGUAUAAGAAAUUGCUUUAUGGCACCAAAGGUUGUGUGCUAGUGUAAAUUUUUUAAGUUUUUGUGAAGUUUGCACAAUGCUGGUGUACCCAAAAUUCUGCAAGUUACAAUCACAUCUGAAGAUAAACAUUAAAAAGAAGUUAAAAACAAA